GCCUUUGCCUGCAGUCCCCGGCCAGCCCUCGUCUCUCCCGUGGCGGCCAGAUGAUGAACUUUCUGCGGCGCAGGCUCUCGGACAGCAGCUUCAUCGCCAACCUGCCCAAUGGCUACAUGACCGACCUGCAGCGGCCAGAGCCUCAGCAGCCGCCGCCGCCGCCGCCUCCACCUUCCUCGGCAGCGGCUCCCCCUUCGGCUUCCCCGGCCUCGGAGCGCAAGCAGCCACAGCCGGCGGCGGCGCCACCCCAGCAGCCGCCUCCGCCGCCGCAGCAGUCGGUGGGCAGCAGCUUCUUCAGCUCCCUCUCCAACGCCGUGAAGCAGACUGCAGCCUCGGCCGGCUUGGUGGACUCCUCGGCGUCUUCCUCGGCGGCAGCCAAAAAGUUCAAGCUGCUCCUGGUCAUCGACGAGCCGCACACCGACUGGGUCAAGAGUUUUCGAGGGAAAAAAAUCCAUGGGGAAUAUGACAUCAAAGUUGAACAGGCCCAAUUUUCUGAGGUCAAUUUAAUUGCUCAUGCUGAUGGCAAUUAUGCCAUAGACAUACAAGCAUUCCGAAAUGGCACUAAAAUUGUCAGAUCCUUCAAGCCUGAUUUUGUUCUCAUCCGACAACAUUCAUUCAGCAUGGCCGAAAAUGAGGACUUCCGUAACUUAAUAAUUGGGAUGCAUUAUGCUGGCAUCCCAAGUGCCAACUCCCUAGAGUCAAUUUACAACUUCUGUGACAAGCCCUGGGUGUUUGCUCAGUUGGUGUCCAUCUACAGAACCCUGGGACCAGAGAAGUUUCCUCUGAUUGAACAAACCUUUUAUCCAAAUCACAAGGAAAUGCUGACAUUGCCAUCAUUUCCUGUUGUUGUGAAGAUUGGACAUGCUCAUUCAGGCAUGGGAAAGGUGAAAGUAGACAACCAUUAUGAUUUUCAAGAUAUAGCCAGUGUGGUAGCACUCACUCAAACCUACGCCACCACCGAACCCUACAUAGACUCCAAAUAUGACAUCAGGAUCCAAAAGAUAGGCAACAAUUACAAGGCAUACAUGAGAACAUCUAUAUCUGGCAACUGGAAGACAAACACUGGAUCCGCAAUGCUGGAACAAAUUGCUAUGUCAGACAGGUACAAGCUCUGGAUUGACAGCUGUUCUGAGAUGUUUGGCGGCCUGGACAUAUGUGCUAUCAAAGCAGUUCAUGGCAAGGAUGGGAAGGAUUACAUUUUUGAGGUUAUGGACUCCUCAAUGCCUUUGAUUGGUGAGCAUCAGGUUGAAGACAGACAGCUUAUAACGGAGCUUGUUGUAAGCAAAAUGAACCAAGUGUUAUCUAAAACACCUGUGCCAUCUCCUCAGAAACCAACUGCCACUCAGCAGCCCCAGAGUGGAUCAUUAAAGGAGCCAGAAUCAAACAAAGUCCCUCCCCAGCGACCACCUCCUCAAGGGGUCCCAGUGCAACCCCAAGGAAUGCAAACACAAAGCCAGGAACCACAGCGCGUGUUCCCUCCAGGGCAAUCAGCAAAGCCCUCAAGUUCCCUGCCGCCACGUCCACCGGGCCCUGCAACUCAACAACCACGUGCCCAGGCCCCUACAAGAGCUGGGCUGCCAGUGGAAGCAGAGGCAGAACCUUCGCCAGCAACACCACAGAAGGCUCCCCAGUCACACCCACAACUGAACAAAUCACAGUCUCUGACGAAUGCCUUCAGCUUCACAGAGUCAUCCUUCUUUCGAUCUUCUGUCAAUGAAGAUGAAGCAAAAGCAGAAACCAUUCGAAAUUUAAGAAAAUCCUUUGCCAGCCUCUUUUCUGAUUAGCCAUGUAGAGUUUUGAUAUUGCAUAUCUGUAAUACAUUAGAAAGUCUGCUGUGAACAUCAUUUUGCAAACAUAAUUUCCUUGUGAAUGAUCUUUCUUUGCUGUUCCAACUGUUGUAUUAAGCAAUAUGUUAAAAACUCUUUAAGAGACUAUAAUGAAACACAGUUCAGGUAUCCUGCAUUUGAAAAAAAUCCAUGUCUAAAAAAAGCCAAGAGGAAAAACUACACAGCAGAAUGAUUGAAAGUCCUCAUUAACUGUGAUAUUGUGGCCUUACCAUUAAAUGCACUAGGUCAUCUCAUUGGAUCUUCUUUUGUGAUAUCAUUAUAUCACAUCAUUAUGUUGUGAAUUACCCCCUUGGUAUACUUUUUUCGGUGUUCUCCUGCAUGUUUGUUUAGUUUAGUUCAUUUAUUUAUAGUUAGUCUAGGUAUUUUGUUCUCCCAAGGUCAGAGUUGAUCAGCUUUCUUUCUUAGCCUGAUCUUAUAUGAUGCACCUUCACAGUGGUGUUUUCUGUCUACUCUCCUUCACCUUCUUCCUUUGGCAGGCUUUUCAUUGGUUGUAUGUGGUGUUCUCAUUGCUGUUAGGAACAAUCGCUAGGACAAACCAAUGUUAUACAGCUAUGUGUCAAGACUACUGUAUCUUCCCACUUUUGUUGUACAGUUAUUUGCAACAUGUUAACAGUGACCUUUGAUUUGUAACACACCAUGCAUGAUCUCAUGUUACCCAUAGUUCCAUAUAACCUUCUAAUAAAUUCAAAGUCAUAUGCUUGGCAGCAAGCAAUCUUCUGCAG